GAAUUUUUAACUGAUAAAUAAAUCAUAGAAAUUGAAUUGAAGUUAGUCAUACAAAAGCAUAUUAUUAUAUUUAUAUAUUUCUUGAGAAUGUUUGAGGAUUCGCUGCUGAUUAUAAAGCCCGAUUAUAUGCACAAGCGUCGUCCGGUGCUGCUGAAGUUACUCUCUUGUGGAUUUCAGAUUCAAGGCAGCCGCAAGUUGAACUUUUCGCCAGAAUUGGCAGCCGAGUUCUAUGCAGAUUAUGUGGAUGAGAAGGGUUUUAUGCUGGAGGUUAUAUUGCUAUCAAAGGGCAUCUCUGAGGCAUUUAUACUGACCAAGGAGAAUGGAGUGCAAGAGUUGCUCAACAUUAUGAUUUGCUAUUUCGGUUCCACACCCGAGCUGGAACGCAAUAUUCAUGUCACCAAGCAUAUUGAUAGCGUGGCACGUGAAAUCACUUUUAUAUUUCCAAAUUAUAUCCAUGAACCUAUACAGCUCUUUGACCAAAGCAUCUUUUGCAAUCGUCCCAUGAUAAAGCCCUUGAUCUCGGAGAUCUAUGAUAUCAUGCAGAAUGUGGACUGCAGUCAGGAUGAUUGGAAGCGUCGAGUUGCCGACUACUUGGUACGCAGUAAUCCCACCUUGCCACUGAUCAGCAAUCAGUGUCAAGUGACUCCUGACAUGGGCAUGCAGGAGAAGGGACAACAGACGUCCAUGACAUACAAAUCUGUUGGCAAGACCAAGGCCAAGCCCAAGGAGAAGUCGGUGAGCAGCAGCUCAAUCUUGUCCAGCAGCACUCCACACUCAUCCAUGCUGCUGACCACAUCCUCCUGUGUCACUUGUGGUGGCUUCGAUCACACCGAGCCAUGUGUCUCCGAGUUGGAUCUUAACAAACGCGUUGAGCCGCAAAGCGACGAACCUGUUUGCAUGGAUGAGGAGAUUAUUUGGAAGGAGAUUGUGGUGUAUGAAGAAGAGCAGCCCGAGGAGGAGGAGCAGGGUAAGACUGAGAUGGGAUUAUUCGAUGAGGGUGGACAGGAGGGUAAGGACGAUGAAACGGAUUCGGAAUGCGAUGAACCAGCACGUGCGCCUGCUCCAAAGAUUGAAACGGAUUCCGAGAUUGAUGAGCUGGAUCAAGAGGUGGGAGAAGAAGCUGGUGAGGAAGCUGCUCCGCCUGCUGAAGAUGCUGCACCAGCUGCAGCUCCUCAAGAUUCGCCAACUACAGCUGAAGAGCCUGCUGCCGCUGCCGAGGAACCUGCUCCAGCUGAGCCAGCAGCAACAGUCGAGGAGGCGGAUUAAUUUGCACCUGUUGCAAACCGCAUGUUUAUGCUUUGCCAAAUAUUUUGUUUUCGUUUGGGGGCAUCUAAAAAAAAUUGCUGGUGUACAGAAAAAGAGACAAUCAAAAAAUAGAGCGCCUAACCCUGCAUCACUCUGCACCACCCACUUUACACCCACUCGACUUGCCACAGGAGCUGCAAUGCGCAUUCGCCAUGACCAGAAGGACAACAUGCACUUUUCACUCCAAAGCGAUUCACUCACACUCACAACAGUCCAGUGGCAAGUGGCAAGUGGCAGGUGGCAAGUGGCAAGUAGCAGUGGCAAAGUGUCAGUGCAACAGGACGAGCAGCUGCAACAUUCAAUGUAGAGUACACAAUUCGCGCCAGGUUUUAUCAAUAGCGUAAGCUAACUGCCUUUUUUUAGCUGUUAUUUUGUGGGCAAUAAAAAAAUGAAGAUAAAUACGAGUAUCUGUGUGUGAGUGUGUGUGUGCUGGAAUGUGUGUCAAUUGGGCGCGAAAUGUGUGUGCCUUUUAAAAUGUAAACUAA